AUGCGGUCUUCAGCCCUCUUCGCUCUCCUGCCCCUGGCUUCCGCCCUUCCCCAGGCGGUCCCGGCGGUCGAAGUCCGAGACACAAGAUGCCAAAAUAAGAUAUCCAACUGCAGUGAGGUCUGCCCCGGAAUAUCUAUGUGGUGGUCAGGCUAUUGCUUGGAAAAUUGUGCCGGCUCAUCGCUUUGGGCAAUUACAAAAAAGUGCAACCACAACGGGUGGGGCUUUGACAAGCGAUCCCUCGAAGCCGGAGAUGCAACCUCCCAAAGUGAGGGAGCUGAAAGCUGCCAAGCAGCUCACGACAGCUGCAAAACAGCCUGCAACUGGUGGCCCUGGGAGGCCAGGUGGAGCUAUUGCCUGCCACUUUGCUCUCGCCAGUUGGACAUCUGUACUGGCAACAACCCCGAGAAGCGUUUCAUCGAAGAGCGCGACGAUGCAGUUGAAACCUACCCCGUUCCUGUCGAGAGCCUUCCAACCGAGACUCAGCCAGCUCAAACCCAGCCAACUCAAACCCAGGUAGCUGAUAGCUGCGAAGAUGCUCACCAAAAGUGCAGGGACAGAUGCAGCAAUGUUGCUUUUACUUUGAAGUUCAUUUGCCCGAAGCUGUGCUAUUACGAAUACAAUGCUUGCACCGGCAAGACCACCGAGAAGCGCUCCGUCGAGAGCCUCCCAGUUGAAACCCAGCCCGCUGAUAGCUGCAAAGCCGCUUAUAAAGAAUGCUAUAAGCAAUGCAAUGGGUAUUUGAAGUGGUGGGGUAGUUUUUGCCCAGAGACUUGCGAUCUUGAAUUCAAUGCUUGCACCGGCAACACCCACGAGAAGCGCUACCGCGGCGACUACGCCCAGGAAAUCACCGGCUGCUACAGCGCCGUCGCAAAGUGCAAGAACGAGGGCCACAAGUCGAUCGAGGAGUGCUACGCGCCCCUCAACGACUGCCUCCAGGGUCUCUUCGACAAGUACGGCAUUGCCUAA